UCCUCGCAAUGCAUGGAAUCUUUCAUCCAGCACUCUGAGACGGGAGGGCGAGGACUAGUGAGCAUCAGAGACACUAUCUGGGAUGAAACAACAAAGAUCCAGGAGUACACCAGGAUAAUGGCCCCAAGUGAUGGUUGGAGACACCCUCCUGAUGCUGGCUACUGGACCCCGCCCCGAGCCGAGCCAAUCGAUGACAGCAAAACAUCGGGAGGAACAAGAAGACGAAUAAGGGAAGGUGACUGGGGUGUAGGUGGAUUGCUUCCUCUGUUCUACAGCUGCGAGGGACAGCAACAAAUCAGCAUGGUCGGAGGACACCCGGCCCUUUGCGGCCUGAGAGGGACCGAGUGCGUGCUUGUUUUGAUUGCACUGGUUACAGUCCUUCCCAACAACUCUGCUGAAGAUGGGUCAUUAACGAGUGCCAUAAAUAAUUUACAUGAACUAUCCAAAGAACUACACAACAAUGCAGGGGUUAAUAAUUGGGGAAAUAAUAUUAUCCUUGCUGUAGUUCCAUUCUGUAUUGCACUGACCAUUUGCAGCUGUUGCGUAAUUCUCUGCAUUCGUAGAUGGAUAUUGCGCAGAGUUGACAAGCCUGUGUCAUACCAGGUUGUGGUGGUGAGCCAGCAAAAACCACCUCUAGACGCCACUCCUGAUUUAUACCCCACAUCCAAUUGGGUUCCCCCUUUUCCAGGCAAACUGGACGACGAUUUGAAAGACCACAGCCGUGUGGAGAUUAUUGCCCCUUAGCUUUCUCUUAUCUCUGUGUUCUGUGUUCAUAAAAGAAAAAACUUCAGCAACUGUUGUUUUAUAUUAAGCUUAUAUUUAUUUUCGUCUUGUAUUUUGUUAGAAGUCACAUGCAUCUUGCCAUGUACAAGGGAAGUCAUAUCUGUCAACCUUAUACUCGGAGUUCAUUUGAUGCAUUUCUCAUUGUAUAUAAAGGUCUAAGACUCCCUUUUCAUUCUUGGCUUUGAAUCAGUGUGUGUGACAGUUGAAUCCUCUUUGCAAAGACCUUACAAUAAAAUACAAAAGAAA